CUGAGUUGUUGAAGGCCAAAGCAAGGUUUAUUUGGUCAUCUGAAUGUGAGCAAGCAUUUUGACAAUAUGAAGUCUUUGUUGUGCUCCCCUCCUAUUUUAGCAGCUCCAUGUUUUGAUCUUCCAUUUACACUCCAGGUGGACGCCAUUUACAUUGGUGCAGGGGUAGUCUUGAGGAGGAGGAGGAGGAUCAGGGCGUGAACUAGUAUGGAGCAGAUCAGUGACCAUCUGUUCAGGCAUAAGAACUACAACUUUCUGGUCGGUCUUACAACUCCAGAGUACAUAGACUCUCUUGACAGCUUUGAAAUAAAAGACAGCGAUGUCUUCGUUGUGACUUAUCCAAAGUCAGGUACUGUAUGGGCUCAGCAGAUCAUCAUUUCCAUCCACGAACUGCAUGGGAAUCAGAAUAAAUAUUCAACCAACAUAGAGAGGAUGCCGUGGCUGGAGUACAAGACAGCUGAAUACACUCUUCUUCCCUCUCCACGGCUCUUCGCCUCGCAUCUCUCUGAACAUAUCAUGCUUCCAGGAGUGAAGGAGAAGAAGGCAAAAGUCAGUACUUUAUAGAAGCUGAAAUCUUCUUGAAGAAAGAGGCACUCUUAAAGUUUGAGAAAGUUAAAAGCAUUUUAUAACUUAUUGUUGCAAAAAUAAAGCAAAUAAAAUUUGUA